AUGAAAAUAUUUAAAAAGAGCCAGACAAAGUGCAAUGUGUUUCUGGAUAUUCUUCCAGAGGAUAUUGACGAUAUAUACGAACUAUACAGAAUUAUUGACGAGAAAGAUAUUGUAAAGUCAAUGACACAAAGGAGCAUUCCAGGAGAAGGCGGAAAGGCGAAAAUACGGGUUACUCUUCUUUUGGAAGUCGAGGUUGAGAAGGUCACAGUGGAUCUGGCAGUAGGAAUAUUGUUCGUAAAGGGAAAAAUCUUGAAUGAGACGGAAUACACAAAGACCGGGACAUUUCACACACUGGAAAUACCAGUAAACCAGAGAAUGUCCUUGAAGAAAGACUAUCUGUCAGCAGCUGCAAUAAAGAUGCUAGAGGGGCUUACGCUGGAAAACAAAGCAAGCAUGGCAUACCUGAUAUGCCGGAAGGAAGGAUAUUCUCUUCUUCUGGCAACUGAGUACACUAUGCGCAGAGUACCACUCCCAGAGAAAGUCAAGUCAAAGGACAAGUUGUUCAAGAAUGUUCUCAGCCACUUAAAAGGAAAUCUAACUGCAUUUGCCAUAGUAGGACCAGAAAAAGAGGUAGAUGACUACUUUAAGCAGCAGCCGCAGCUAAAGAACCUUGUCGUUUUCAUUAAAAAGUCGGUAUCAUCGGGCAACACACACAAAGGAGACAUGGAGGAAAUAGAUGAAAUUUUCAAGUCCCCUGAACUCCUUAAGAAGCUUAAGGGAGCAAAAAAAGGAAAUGAACUACUAGCACAGAAUAACUACUACAGACUAGAGGACGUAGGCACAAAGGGAAUUGCCAUGGGAGUUAAGGAGGUGACAUGCGCCUGCGAAAACUACAUGGUCAAGACAAUAAUCAUCUCAGAUGGGCUAAUAAAGUCAGAGAGUCCAGCAGAGAGAGAGGCAGCAGAAGAAAUACUUAAGCUUUCCAAACAGACAAAUGCAGAAAUAAACAUUAUUUCGCAGUACACAAAUGAAGGAGAGAAAAUAAAAGACAGAGGCGGGGUUGUGGCCAUUCUCACUCAGCCAAUAUGCAUGUCAAUGCUCUUAGAAUAG